AUGUUAGAGGAGAUUAGGUUAUUUGUGAUGGAAAGGAUAUACACUCAAAGAGUUGAAGGAAUGGAAUGGGAUUUGGAUAUAUGUCCAACUAUUAGGAAGCGUAUAGAAAAGCUGAAGGUUAAACAAAGAUUGUGGGGAGUUACUCCUUGUGGUUAUCAGAAGUAUGAGGUUAGAUUCACUGAUGUUGCAUAUGGAGUGGAUCUAAUUGCAAAGAAAGACAUAUGUGUCCCAAUCAACACUACUGAGGCGUACCUAAAAUGCUACAAAUAUAGCAUUAAUCCUCUCAAUAGUAGUGAUAUGUGGCCAGAUGUUCCGUACCACAAGCCUUUGCCUCCCAAAAGAAAAAGAAUACCUGAUGGGCCAUCAGUGAAAAGGAAGAGGGAUGUAGUCGAAAGAGAAUUCAGUGGACCAAGUAGACAAACUGUCACAAGAAGGGGAAGCCUAAUAAGGUGUGUACCAAGUUCAUCCAGGGGCAGUGGAGCAGAACCAAGUUUAUCCAGGGGCAAUGAAGGACCACCACCUGCAGGCGAACCACCUCCACCACCACCACCUGCAGCCCAACAACCUCCUCCACCACCACCUGCAGCCGAACCACCCCCACCACCACCACAUGCAGCCCAACCACCUCCACCACCACCACAUGCAGCCUAA